UUUAAGCCAAAUGUUCAUGAUAUGAUCCUGCUGGCUUACAGGGAUCGACAGCCCCCUUGUGAAUAAUGGUUACAAACAAAUCCCACCUGGAUGUUGAAACGCUGGAAAUGCUCCAGAAUAAAGCUAUCUCCAUCACCCUCCCAGUUGUGUAUACACUGGUGGCUCUGAUCAGUAUCCCUGGCAACUUGUUCUCGCUCUGGGUACUCUGUUUCCACAUCAAACCCAAAACACCUUCAGUUAUCUUUAUGAUCAACCUAAGCAUCACAGAUCUCAUGCUGGCCAGCUGCUUUCCCUUCCAGAUUUCUUAUCACAUCAAAAACAAUCACUGGAUCUUUGGCAAAACUCUUUGCAGCCUCGUGACCGUGAUGUUCUACUCCAACAUGUAUUCUUCCAUAUUGACCAUGACCUGUAUCAGCAUCGAGCGGUACAUGGGUGUGGUAUAUCCCAUGAAGUUGAUCAAGUGGAGAAGAAAAAGAUAUGCCCUGGCCGCCUGCCUAGGUAUGUGGGUAUUCUUGCUACUAGCCUUCUACCCACUAGAAAGCACAGAUUUGACCUAUGAAGUGGAAGAAUUGGGAAUUAUAACCUGUUUUGAUGUCCUCAAAUGGGAUAUGCUGCCCAACUUCGGAGCCUGGGUAGCCUUCCUUCUCACGCUAUUUGUUGUGCUCUUCCUAAUCCCUUUUGUUGUAACAGUUGGAUGCUACAUUGGCACCAUUCGGAAGCUUAUUCAGACAUCAAACAGAUAUGGCAACAGGCAGAAGACUAGAUCCAUAUACCUGGCGAUCAUAGUCCUUCUGGUAUUCAUCACUUGCUUCGCCCCCAAUAACUUUAUUCUACUUGUGCAUAUGAUCAUCCGCCUGUUUUAUGACAGGAGUCUGUAUCAUGUCUACAAGCUCACCUUGUGCCUCAGUUGCCUCAACAACUGCAUAGAUCCCUUCAUUUAUUAUUUUGCAUCCAAAGAAUUUUACCAGAAAUUCAUGCAAGUGUUUCGCCGUAACGUACUGCUCAGCGACAGUUUGGAAACCAGAAGGGAAAGCUUAUUCUCUGGCAGGACCAUGUCAGCCAGGUCGAUGUCAAGCGGACAUAUGGAUGGCUUAGAUGGCGUAAGGGUCUAUUUGCAAAGGCAGGAAAGUGUUUUUUAGCCUUGGACAUCCACAGAAAAAAAGGCACCUGUGAGAUCCAUGAGUAGACACAGAAAGUGUUUCUUUUUGAAUGACUCAAAAUACCUUGCUCCAGUGCCAGAAGUCAAGCCAUACUCAUAUUGCACAUCUUAC